UUCAAAAGAUUUUGAAUCAUCACAUCCAGAAACCUGUAAAUAUUUCAAUCGUAUUCGUUGUCCAUUCUUACCCUCAAAAGGGACUCACAUUCUACACCAGCAACCCGGCAAUCAUCAUGAAGUUUUUAGUUUUGUUGGUCUCCAUCCCGGCCCUCGUCUCGAGCAUGCACAUCGAUAAUUCCGCUGGUCUUGAUGGAGGGAAUGCAAAGUCGAGUUCCCGAGAGUCGACGAGGCCACAGAUCAGAGCACCCAAUGCUGCUCGAAGUACCGGCAUGGCGAAUCCUCACUCCACCAGUCUGACGAAGAUCGGCUCGAGUGAGCCUUCGACUGAGAGCCCGAGAACCCUGAAACUUGCCAGCAAAAGUACUCAAGAUGGACAAACGACGUCGCCACUUCCAAUCCCAUCCAAUCAAGCUGAGACGAGCUCGAGCAAGUCAGCCGGCUCGAAGUCCCGACUGAGAAGACACAUCAGCGACUCCAGGGCGUUCGAAUCUUACCUCAUCCACAAGCGGGCCGAUAAAGUACCGGCCAAGAAUUUGUUGAGGACGUUCAUCGAUGAUAUCAACCCUAGCCCUGGAUCAAAGCCCGCUGGACCUACGACAGCAGGACCAUCAGCUCCAGACUCUUCACCAUCUGGAUCAUCAUCAGCAGCAGUAGGAUCAAAACCAACACAAGCCGUCUCGACUGCCAAACCACCCCCCUCAAAGUCAACCAAGACCUCUUAA